AUUUGGGUUGCUCUACCUUCCACAAUGACUACAAAGUCCCCAAUUCAUGAUGAUAUUGCUACUACUCAACCUCCCUCGUACGAUGCUAUUUCGAAGUCCCCGCCAGCACAUUCCGUCCAUUGCAAACCACCUGUAUUUUCUUCUCUACAAUCCGAGGAGCAACGUCGUACCACAGUUCUAUCUCACAUCCGUGAAAUCGUCUCCUCUCCCCAUUUCACCCCUUCCUCUGUCGCCAAAAGUAUCAAUUACUGCGCUGCUGCUCUGCCAUCAGCAGAGUUUUCCGACCUCCUGCAGGAAAACAAUAUCCUAGGCCAUAAUGCAAUAUAUUGGGCGAUUCUAGAUUUUGGAGAUGAUACUUUUCAUAAGCGCUGGGAGAGAGACAAAGUAGAUGCUCCAUUACUUGAGGAUAAGUCUUUUAGACGCUUUUUGGGUUGUCCGCCCGAUGAUAUUCAAGUGCACGAAGGAGAUGGACUGGGCGAACACCAAUUUGUUGCCUGCUUCCGCUUCAGGAUGUUCCAGAAGCGCCUGCGCAUCACACCAACCUUGUCUGUAGAGUUUAUUGCUGCAGGACGUUCAUGGGUGUUGUGGUUCAAUUUAGCGCUAGAUGGGAUCUGGCGCGUUACGUAUCGUCUUGCUGAAGACAGUUUUCCAGCCGACGCAGCUGCUGUAUUUCUGAUAGAGGCUCAUAGAGGGCCACCUGGUUGUGCGACGGGACCUGCUCCUCUAAUCAUACGCAUGAAUCAAUCACCCACGUGUACACUUCUACCUCCUGGACCACUCAAAUAUUCAACCACUAAACCCGGUACCGAUUCUGAAUUCAGACCUCAACACUAUACAGAUAUCCAACCCGGCGCUAAGGUUGGUACAGUCUGUAGACUCUUGGGUGAAUGGCUGAUGGACAACAACACCAUCUAUGUAGACUCUGAUGGCACCCUACAUGCACAACUGAAGAUAACGGUAAAGUCACCGACCCCCCAGGCCAGCAGGCAAUAUAGUGGUAUCGAUAUAUCAAAGGUGGAUACUUAAUGUAGACAAGGACUCCCCUUCG